UUCAAUGCACAUUUAUUAAAUGGAACAUACAUAAUAAAGUUAUGUUACAAUUACCGCCCAUCGAUUACAUAGUAGGUACCCCAACAUUAACGUGACAUUAUUCUUUAAAAAUCAAAUAUGUACCAGCAAAGUGAAUUUUUAUGGUGCACAUUUCGCAUUCAUGUUAUUUUAUCAGUCAAUGUGCAGAUGUGAAGCGAAUCACUCUUCGGUGUUAAUUUAAAAGUUUAAAAUUAAAAUGCAUUUUUUAAAUUUACUCACCCAGGUAAUUAUUCCUAUUUUGAGUGUGGUGUUUUUAGUAGACGCUGCCAAAUUGAAAAAAAGAACCUCGAACCCAUAUUACGGUCACCAAAACGCAGGGUACGAAGCACAGGCAUCAAAAGAAGAUGAACAGGAUUUUAGCGGAAUUCCAGGUGAACCAGGAGUAGACUACCCUCUCUACCAUUCAGUGCCAGAGACAAAUUUCAAUUGUGCAGCAGUACCUCAUGCUCCUGGCAUGUAUGCAAAUGUUGAAACAGGAUGUCAAGCUUAUCACGUGUGCCAUGAUGGACGCGAAGGUCACCAAGGAGCUUCAUUUCUAUGCGGUAACGGUACUUUAUUCAAUCAACAAGAAUUCACUUGCGAUUAUUGGUACAAUGUUGACUGUGGUCAAGCGCAAUCUUUAUACAGACUGAAUGCUGAUCCAGAAACCAAUCCAUUCAAUCCUAAACAAAAAUCCAGCGAAGAAACAGUAGACACAGACGCUUACAAAGCCACCCCGCAAUACUACUCGUAUAAUAAACCAACUCAACAAUAUUACAAACCCACCCCUCAAUAUACUCGUAAAGCACCGUCAUCGCAAUAUUAUAAACCAGCAUCGACACCAUAUUCUCGGUCAACAGUUCCAAAAUACUAUCAACCCAGUAGCGACUACUGAAACAAGCCAUAUUGAAUUUCAACCAGAUGCCAUUUUUGUUUUAUCUGUUAUGUAUUUGA